AUGUCUGGCCCUAUUUUGAAAGUUGCCAUUACACAGGCACAGCCUAAAUGGCUAGACCUGGCGGGCGCCGUUGACAAAACAGUCAACCUUAUCACCGAAGCAGCAAAGGGGGGAGCAAGGCUCGUUGCUUUCCCUGAAUGCUGGAUCCCUGGGUAUCCAGGAUGGAUUUGGCAAAGACCUGUCGACCCCAUUACCAACACGAAAUAUGUACAAAACUCGCUCUCCAUCAAUUCUCCCGAGAUGGAAGCUAUCAAGUCCGCUGCAAAGUCUAACGCCAUCGCCGUCGCUCUCGGCUUUUCCGAAGUAUCUGAUACCUACAGUGUAUACAUCUCCCAGGCCAUCAUUUCGCCGAAAGGCGAGUUGCUUAUGCACCGCCGCAAAGUCAAACCAACACAUAUGGAACGCACUGUCUUCGGAGAUGGUUCGGGCGCGGAUCUAAAUAACGUCGCAGAUGUUGAUUUCGGCGGCGAUAUUGGCAUUGUCAAGGUCGGAACUCUAGCGUGCUGGGAGCAUGCGCUGCCGCUACUCAAGUACCACACCUAUUCACAGAAGGAGGUAGUGCAUAUCGCCAUGUGGCCGCCUAUUGACCCUCAUCCUGGUGUUGAGGCUCCCGCAUUGUGGAGCAUGAGUGCCGAAGGGUGUCAAAAUUUGAGUCAAACGCAUGCUAUUGAAGGUGGUGGGUAUGUGCUACACUGCACAGGGGUCUGCAACGAGGAGGGAAUUGAGACAAUGAAGACGAAAGGCGGGCUUCUAUUCCAGGAACCUGGUGGCGGACAUAGUGCUGCCAUAGGACCAGAUGGUAGAAGGUUGACUAAACCGUUAGCUGACGGAAACCCCGCCGCCGAGGGCAUUGUCUACGCCGAUUUGGAUCUGGCCAGAGUGGUUAUGAACAGGGGCUUCCUAGAUGUGAUGGGACACUACAGUCGACCGGACCUCUUGUGGCUAGGAGUGGAUAAGGGGCAGAAGGGAUGCGUGGUUCCCAAAAGCGAAGGCGAUAAAGAUGCAGGGCUCCCGUCCAAUCCAAAGAAGUAG